UCAACCCCCGUGUGUUUUGGUAGUACGCGCGUGUGAUUGAAAUACGAAAUUUCGCAAGCUCCUCGAGUGCAAAAUGUGCAGCCGCGGUGUCGCAUCCCAAAUACGAUCAAUAUCAACUGGAGACAUGUCCUCGAUGAAACCGGCUAGAAGGAGACCCGAAUUUCCCGCCUCGCUGACGGACCUGCAUCGUUUGGGCAAAAAUAUACACGGCCAUGAUGGUUCCAGUAGGAUUGUUAUGGUAAGGAAGACCGAUCAGAGGACGUUUACGUCUAUACAAAACGGACAGGAACCAAAAUUGGAGACAAUAACAAGAGAAACGAUUGAAACAUUUAGAGGGCAACGAACCGAAUGUAAAUUCACCACCGAAAAGAAGGACUGCCAAAAUCAACUCCCAAACGAAUUCGUGUACAAACUGGAACAGAUCAAAAAUACUAACGGGGUUAAGAAAAGGUCGCCGAUAAUGGAAUUUCAACAGCAGUGCCUCGCCGCGCACAAUGAGUACAGGCAAAGGCACGGGGUGGCGCCCCUCAAACUGAACAAGGAAAUAUGCGCGGUCAGCCAAAACUGGGCGAACACGUUGAUUAAGAGGCACUCGUUGGAGCACAGCAGGAACGACAAGUAUGGCGAGAACAUUUACUGCGUGACGAGUAGCAGCCCGAAUUUUGCACCGAAAGGAAGCGACGCCGUCAAGAGUUGGUACGACGAGGUCAAGGUGCACGCCUUUGGAGUGGAACCCAAGUACUUAUCAUCGGGGCACUUCACCCAGGUGGUCUGGAGGGAAAGCACCGAGAUCGGAGUGGCCUUUGCCAAAACCAACGGCCGCUACAUAGUGGUCGCGAAUUACUUUCCCGCAGGAAACGUGGUCGGUUGCUUCACCAAGAACGUCCCUCCUCUCGGCGGUUUCAAAACCGAAACCACCAACGGUUUGACACCCAAACUGUCGAACCUCACCCUCAAAUCUACCCAGUCCAAUUUCGAAAUCGACUUCCUCAACGCGCACAACGAGUACAGACAGCGCCACGGCGUGCCUCCGCUGAAACUCGACAGAAAGCUGAGCAAGUACAGUACGGAAUGGGCCCAAAUAUUGUCGAACAAAAACAACCUGGAGCACCGCAAGAACUGCUCGUACGGCGAGAACAUCUUCUGCAUGUACUCGACCGACCCCAACUUCACGCUGACGGGACGCGCGCCCGUCGACCAAUGGUACCAGGAGAUCAAGGACCAUCCGUUCGGUCGCGAGCCGCACAACCUCAAGUCGGGACACUUCACGCAGCUCGUGUGGCGGACGAGCGAGCUGCUCGGCGUCGGCGUCGCGAAAAGCCGCCAGGGCCGCAUUUACGUCGUCGCCAAUUACAAUCCCGCCGGAAAUUUCCUCGGCCACUUCGGCGAGAACGUGCCUCCGCUGUUGUCUCCGCGCGAUGACGUCGUUAAAAGCCCGGAGCGACGGGUUAGAUUAAGUCCGGAAAGUACAUUUGAUCAAUUUUCUCUCGACAUGCUGAAGGUCCACAAUGAGUACAGAAGAAAGCACGGCGUACCUGAAUUAAAGUUAAACAAAGAGGUGUGCUCACUGGCAACCGAAUGGGCCGAACACUGCUCGAAAAGCGCGAGCAUCGCUCACCGUCCAAACAAUUCCUACGGGGAGAACAUCUUCUACAUGUAUUCGUCCGACUUUAGUCACGUGCCAUUAGCGAAGGACGUUGUCAAGACGUGGUACGACGAGGUCAAGGACCACGUCUUCGGUACCGAAUCGACCAAAUUCAGCACGCUCCAUUUUACGCAAGUCGUUUGGAGGAGCACCGCCGAGCUCGGCGUCGGUAUGGCGAAGAACUCCAAGGGACAGACCUACGUCGUCGCGAACUACAGCCCGCGCGGCAACAUCCUGUCGCAGUUUACCGCCAACGUCCCGAAGGCGAAAUUUUGACAAUCAACCAAGAAACGUCCAACACUUCGUACCUAAACUUUUACACAUUCCAAAGAUAGUUGUUGUUAACUGAGUGAUAUUUGCAUUACCUGAACGUAGAUUAUUGUAACGGUGCUCCAUUUUGCACAAAUUCCUUUUUGGGUAUUGCGAGUGACUGUUAACCAAAGUACUUCUAUAUUUUAGGUAAGUUUUCGAUUGUUAUAUGUUACAUGAUGGUAAGACUGAUCGUAAAUAUAAAGUUAUCUGACGUG